UGUUAAUAGAGGGCAGACAAGAAGACUAAACACUGAGAGGAAACUGCGGCGCACUCAAAGUGAACUUCACGCCGAAAAACAAGAUUUGUUUUUUAUUUUUGCACACAUUUCCUCUUCUGAACUUUAUCAAUAUGCACAAGAAGCUGUAAACAAGAUGAGAAGAAAUCUUCAGGAACUAUAGCAUAAAGGGAAUAUCUUUUUUUUCGCUCACUGACUUUUGGAUCUUGCUGGGGUUAGCGGUGGGUCCUCGGAGACCCCUCCCUCGUCUUGCCCCGAGGUGUGUCUCUCGCCCCCACCACAUGUAGACCUGACAUGGCUCCCUGUUGGAGGCAAGGGGCCUCUCUGCUGCUAAUGGCGCUUUGGCUUGUGCAUUGCUUUAGCUGGGGCCAAGCCGAGACAGUAAGGACUAGCAAUGCGCUGACUGGGCCGGGGUCUCGGGACCCGGGGGGCGUCAUGUCCCACGAGCGGGUGAAGAGAGGAUGGGUGUGGAACCAGUUCUUCGUGGUGGAGGAGUACACAGGAACGGAACCGCUGUAUGUUGGGAAGAUCCACUCCGACUCCGACAACGGCGAGGGCAUGAUCAAGUACACCAUCUCGGGCGAGGGCGCCGGCACCAUCUUCAUCAUCGACCAGAUCACGGGCGACAUCCACGCCACGCAGAAGCUGGACCGCGAGGAGAAGGCCUACUACACGCUCCGCGCCCAGGCCCGCGACCGCUACUCCAGCGCGCCGCUCGAGCCCGAGUCCGAGUUCGUCAUCAAGGUCCAGGACAUCAACGACAGCGAGCCCAAGUUCCUGGAGGGGCCUUACAUUGGAAGCGUGGCAGAGUUGUCGCCCAUAGGAACCUCGGUGAUGAAGGUGGCCGCCUCGGACGCCGAUGACCCCACCUACGGGAGCAGCGCCCGUGUGAUCUACAGCGUGCUGGACGGAGAGAGGUUCUUCACCGUGGACAGAGACACAGGAGUGAUUCGGACAGCCGUGGCAGAUCUAGACCGCGAGACGCAGGAUCGCUACGAGCUGGUUGUCAAGGCAACAGACAUGGCAGGCCAAAUGGGCGGUCUCUCCGGCUCUACCACAGUGACCAUAGUGAUCACAGAUGUUAAUGACAACGCUCCGAGCUUUCCACAGAAAAUGUACCAGUUUAGUGUGUCGGAGGGGGCUGCAGUGGGCACUCCGAUUGGGCGUGUGAUCGCCACCGACGCAGACAUGGGGGACAACACGGACAUGAGCUACCUGAUCACAGACGGGGAGGACGGCGAGCUGUUCAAAAUCACCACCGAUGGAGAAACGCAGGAGGCCGUCAUCUCAAUCAAAAAGCCCCUGGACUUUGAGGCCAAGCAGAUGCACACGGUGGUGGUGGAGGCUAUGAACAAGCACGUGGACGAGCGCUUCGUGGACCUGGGGACGUUCCGGGACCGGACCAUGGUGAAGAUCAGCGUCUCGGACGUGGACGAGCCGCCGGUGUUCUUCCCGCCCCUCGGCGCCAUCAUGGAGGUGCAGGAGGACGCCAGGCUGGGCGCGCUGGUGGGCACCGUCUCAGCCAGGGACCCCGACAAAGAGAACGUUCCAGUCAGGUAUUCCAUAGACCGGAGCACUGACCAGGAGCACAUCUUCAACAUUGAUCCGGUGACAGGUGCCAUCACCCUGGGGAAGAUCCUGGACAGAGAGACGGCCGGCUGGCACAACAUCACUGUGACAGCGGUGGAAGCAGGUAACCCCGCCCAGGCAUCCCAGUCUGCCGUCAGCAUCCGAAUCCUGGACGUCAACGACAACCCUCCUGAACUGGCAACCCCUUACGAGGCCUCCAUUUGCGAAGAUGCCAAACCUGGCCAGCUUAUUCACACCAUCAGCGUGGUGGAUAAAGACGAACCCCAAUCCGGUCAUCGGUUCUACUUCACUCUGGCACCCGAGGCAUCCAGCAACCGCCAUUUCACCCUCUGGGAUGUCAAAGAUAAUACAGCCGGCAUUAGGACCCAGCGGUCUGGGUUCAACAGGCAGGAACAGAACAUCUACCUGUUGCCCAUCCUGGUGGUGGACAGUGGACCUCCAGCCUUGAGCAGCACGGGCACCGUGACUAUCCACGUGUGUGGCUGCGAUCCGGACGGAGCCAUCCAGUCCUGCAAUGCCACGGCCUACGUCAUCUCGGCAGCUCUCAGCCCCGGAGCGCUCAUCGCCCUACUGGUCUGCAUGCUCAUCCUCAUCGUGCUGGUGCUGCUGAUCCUCACGCUCAAGCGCCACCGCAAGGGCCAGCGCAUGUCCGAGGACGAGGAGGACAUGCGCGACAACGUCAUCAAGUACAACGACGAGGGCGGCGGCGAGCAGGACACGCAGGCCUACGACAUGAGCGCCCUGCGCAGCCUCUACGACUUCCCCGAGGCCAAGAGCGCCGACUCGGGCGCCGACCUCCCGUGCCUGCCGCAGUGGAUCCAGAGCCGCGUCAACGGAGGCAGCGGCGGCGGCGGCGGCGAUGGGGGCAGCGGCGUCGGUGUUGGCGGUGGUGGUGGCGGUGGUAGCGGUGGUGCCGCGGCCGACUUCUCGCUCUUUCGCGGCUACAUCCGUAAGAAGGUGGAGCAGGCCGACGCAGACCUGUCGGUGCCGCCGUACGACUCGUUCCAGACGUACGCCUUCGAGGGCAGCAGCUCGCCCGCACUGUCACUCAGCUCCAUCCGCACGCUGUCCACCACCUCGGAGCAGGAUUUCUCGUACCUCAGUGACUGGGGACCUCGCUUCAGGCAGCUGGCUGGCUAUUAUGCCCCAGGACAGCCUGAGGAAGAGGGCUCCUAGCCUCUUCCUCCUCCUCCUCCUCCUCCUCCUCCUCCUCCACCUCCUGCUGCCAACGCGCCAUCUCACUCAUAUUGACAGUCCGGUGUCCUAACUGUCCUUGAACCCACUCCCUUGUGACACUUUGGAAACCCAGUCAGAUAUGACAGUUUAAUUACUUUUUUUUUAAAAAGAAAAUAAUUACUUUUCCCCUCUUUCUCCAGUUGUGGAUUAAAACGGGCCGAUGAACUGGGUUCUGAGCACACGAGGAACUGCUAGGAAGCCAGGUUUUAUUGACCUAUAACAGUAGGGGGCGGGGGAAUCACAGACACACACUACUGCUCUUUGGCCAACAUCAUGGAUUUUUUUUUUCCAUUCGUAUUUGUGUUUUUCUUUUCUUUGGUGGCAGAGACUUGAAACCACUAACCAC